CAAGGUCAUUCCUAAAAAAAAAAAAUCUUUAAAAAAAAGAAAAGAAUUAAAUUUGAUACCCUCACUCUCACUGAAGAGCCCGUGAGAGACACGCACCUACUCUCCUUCCCAAUCACUCUCUUUCUCUCCCUUCUCUCCCUCGCCAUGCCCUCGACCACCACCACUACUACUGCCACCUCCACUACCUCCGCCGCUACCACCGCAGCCACCUCCAAUCCCCUCCUCUGCAAACACUCCCCCUCCGCGGCUCUCGACCUCCUCAUCCUCAUCCUCGUCUUAUUCUCUGGCAGUUUCUUAAUCUCCUCCUACUUCUCCUACAUCUUCCACUCCCUCUCCCUCCUCCUUAUCCUCCUCUCCCACCACCACACCUCCCCCUCACCCUCUUACCUUCCGUACAUCCUCGGCUUCCUUCUCCUCUUCGUUUCCGUCGUUUUGCUUCUCGAUUUCUGCUGCGGGUCCCGUUCCAGGAAGUGUAGUAACCCUAAUUGUAAGGGACUCAAGAAGGCUAUGCAAUUUGACUUGCGACUUCAGACCGAUGAUUGUGUGCGAUCGGGUGUUGCCGAUGAUAUUGAUCGCUUGCCUUGGAGAGGUGGCUCCGAGUCUAAUCCUGAUUACGAGUGUCUUCGGGCCGAGUUACGGAGGAUGGCUCCGGCUAGUGGUCGAGCUGUUCUGUUGUUUCGGGCCCGGUGUGGCUGCGCCGUCGCAAAACUUGAAGGCUGGGGACCCAGGCGUGGCAGAAAGCAUAAGAAGGCUGUGGCUAGUCUGGCUUCAAAUAGAGGAGAUGGUCGCUGACAACAUGUGGUAUAUUUCUCAGCAGCCAUCCAAUUUCAUAUUUCAAGUCUUUUACUAUUUAUUCAUCUUUCAGAUGUCAAAAUAUUUUCUCAUUUUUAAAGGACUGGACUUUGAAUCAGAACAAUUAUCUAAUUCAAUUCAUUGUCUGGAUGAUUUUGUCUCAUUUUUGGAAAUAUACACCAAAUUUAAUGAGAAUAAAUAUAUGAAAUGCAAUAUAGAUUCUUUGUUCACUUCA